UAACUAAGAGCGGAAAACAAGAAAAUAUCUUGUAAUCGCUUAUCAGAAACACCUGGAAUUUUCAUGCCAACUUUAACAGCAAAAAAUAUGUUUUUGAUAAUUUUCAGAGCAAUGGUUUCAGUAGCAGAUACUGGUGAUAAUUUGGUCUUGAUGGGUGUUGAUGCAACAUACUGUGUGGUGGAUGAAGUUAACACAACAGCAUCUGCUCUUCAUGAUGUGUUUUUACAGGAGGCAAUCAGCUCAGCUUCAAAUGGAGAUGUCCAGGUACAACAGUAUUUUCAAGCUGAGACAUGUACCCAGAAAUCCAUCCUUUCAUCAAAUGGACCUUCUAGAAUGAAGUCAUGCAAGCAAAAAAAUUGUGUGUAUGAUUUUGAAAAUGAAGCCACAACUACUAACAGUAAAGAUGAUAAACAAAUACCAAAACAUUUGUUGGCCAUGGUUCCCAAAACUGAGCCUGUCUUUGAACCUAGUUUGCUACGAGCUGCCUUGCUAGGCUCACCAAAGAGUUUUCAAGAACCAGGAGUUCCUGGAAAACUGUUGUUUUGUAUGGGAAGUUCUAAGCCUUCAGAAUUUGAAUAUAAAAGUUUGUCUUCUCCAAAAGAUUACUUUUGUGAAGAAACAUCUAAGUCAGCAGAGAAUGGCAGCAAAGAUUUUGUUAAAUUGGAACUGUUGCCCAGUAAGCCCAAAAAGCCACGUACCAGGGAAAAACAUUAUCAGUGUGGUGUGUGCUUUAAGUGGUUUGGCUGUAAAAGUCAUGUUGUGGAACACAUGAGAACUCACACUGGAGAAAAACCCUUUCAGUGCCCUCUGUGUAAUAAAGCUUUCUCUCAGAAGUCGAACAUCUACCAGCAUAUGAACACCCACACAUUGGAGAGACCUUUUCGAUGUGAUGAUUGUGGCAAAGAUUUCAUGUACCGAGGCAGCUUAUACAAACACAAGAGGCUUCACACGGGUGAGCGGCCAUAUACAUGUGGUAUUUGCAGCAGACGUUUCACUCAUGCUUCUCAACUUUUUGAACAUAUUCGGACACACACCAAUGAGAAGCCUUUUAAAUGUAGUGUAUGUGGUCGUGCCUUUGCUCACAGUGGUACCAUGCAUCGACAUAAACGCAAUCAUUUUAAUUAUGCAAACAGCCUUAAAAAAAACGACUGUGUUGAAGCACAAGAGACUGAAAACAAUCUUAGUGACUCGGUUGCAGUUAAGAAAAACUCAUGUAGCCUAGUAGAUACGUGCCUUUCUCUUGUAAAAGAGAGAAAUGGGGUUGCUGAGAUCAAAGGUCUCAAACUAUCACUCAUAAGGUCUUCACUCAGUUCGUCUAGUACUCAUAGUAAUUGCACCACCAAGGAUAAUUUAGGUAAUGAUGCACUUGACACUUCUAUGCCUUCCAUGGGAACUGACUGUGUUGAUCAUUCUCAGUCAGCAGAAGAAAGAGUAAAAGUACGAUUCAGGUGUGAAAUUUGUGGUCAUGUUUUUAGCUAUAAACGUUCACUUCGGCGCCAUGAAAGACGGCAUGAACGAAAAAGCAUUGAAACGCUUCAUAAUAAUCUCAAAAAUAAACUUUCAAGUGAGGGUCUAAAAGAUCAUGGAAUGAUGCUUAGAACCAAGAGCAUAGAUGGGGUUGUAAAGUCAUUGCUGAUUGGUAAUUUCUCAAAAAUAAAUUCUAAUAGUGCUAAGUGAUCCAACAACAGCAGUCGUCUUAAAGAGCUUAAGGCAUAAGAACUAUGAAGAAAUCCUAAAACUUGCAUUUGUGUUCUUACAAACCAUUUUAAAUAGGAUUUUUUAAAAAACAUUUAAGUGAUAGGAUUUUCUUGUACUAAAUUCAAAUGAAAGAUGGUAAUUGGAAAAAAAGCUCAUGUCAUUAAAGUAGGUUACAAAGGAGAAAAUUUUUUUUUAAUGUGCACAGUGUGUGUGUAUAUAUAUAUAUACAAACAUAAAAUGCCAAUGAAAUAUUUUAUUAGAAUAUACAUUUAACUUUAGAUAUCACUAUUGUCAUUUGUUGAGGUACAAAUUUAUGUCAAAUUGAGCAACCGGCAACAUUUCAAACAUGGCUCUUGACCAACUGACUCAUUGCCUAUUUUCAAAGGUAAUAAAAUACCUGAUUGGUUGACUAUUUUAGCUGCUUAAGGGGAAGUCUUUUAUAAUAAAACAAUCCCCAAAGAAGCCAACAGUUUCUUUCCUUAUAUGUUCAUCUAUUUGCACACUUAGUGAUGUAUUUUGUGACGCUACCCAGAUUGCACUAUAGUGUGUGAAACACAGUGUAGCUGUGAAGAUGUUCGCUGCUGGGAAAGCGAAUCAUACAGGAGUUAACUAUACAUAUGAGUUUAUAUUCUGCCUCAUUGUGAUAUCUAUCACUGUCAUCAAUUAGCUACUGUCGUCUGUCUCUUGUGUGGGGAAAUGCGCUAUAUAAAUUCUAUUAUUAAUAUUAUCGAUACAGAUCAAACUGCUGUAAAUCUUCAAGGGGUGUGUAUAAAAGCUGAGCUGAGUUAAUGGCCAUGCAAAUUAGUUUCAUUAACAAUGAAAUUAAAAGUUUUGUCUGCCUGUUUCUUUUCAUUAUUUGCAUCUCUCCUCAGUUAAAAACCUUUGCCUAGAGUUAUGUAUGGAUGAGUUAGGUCAUUGCUGAAACAUUUAUGCGACAUUAUUUCAUGUUCUGAUCUGCAUUAGUUUCAUUAACAAUGAAAUUAAAAGUUUUGUCUGCCUGUUUCUUUUCAUUAUUUGCAUUAUGUAGUCUCUCCUCAGUUAAAAACCUUUGCCAAGAGUUAUGUAUGGAUGAGUUAGGUUAUUGCUGAAACAUUUAUGCAGCAUUAUUGCAUGUUCUGAUCUGCAUUGGUUCCCCCUAUCUUUUUAUUUAAUAGACUUUUAUAUUUACCCUUUUUUGAGUACUAUCAUAUGGCAUAUUGCUGAUCGUUUUUUGUCAGUGUACACUUUCUUCAUUCACAUGAAACAUAUCAAAAUGUGUUAUCGAUCCUUAUGUUUUUAUUAUGUUCAACCCAGAUUUAAUGUGGCAUGUAUGUUGAUAAAAAAUAAACUUCACACCUUCAUACUCUAUUACAUUGUUACAGAAGUUGGAGUUGAAAAAAAUUCAGUACAUUUUUGUAAUUGACAGCUUCUGACCAACCACUGACCCUAAAUUAUGAUUUUCUGCAGAAAUCAAGUAAAAUGAAGCUUUUUUUUUUUUUGAAAAAACAAAAGAGAUUGCUUGUUCAUUGGGUCACGAUGUCGUCUGAACAUUGAAAGUUGAAUUAAUCCAGGCCCAAAAGAUAAAAAGCAGAUCAAUCUCCAAUGACAAGAGUAGCUAUUAAAGUCAACUUAUUACCUACAGAACUAUGCAUUGUUCAAGCAAGUUCAGUCACAAAGAUGCUACUUGGCUAUAUAUUCAGAUUAAAUGGUCUUAGUUGUCAUUUUUCUUUAGUUUGUAGGUUCUUUUUAAAUAUGCAGACGUUCGGUUAAUAUGAAACAGGUAUUAUCAUGCCAUGGCAUUCAUUUAGCCAGGGCCUGGGUAGAUUCUACUUAGGUGUUAAGAUGACGUAGUCUUAUGUGGGAUGGUGGUCAUGGUGAGGCAAUAUAGCCAGGAUGAGAUGAUUUUGGUCGAAACCUUGUUGUUUCUUUACCAGAGCAUAUCAGUCAAUGGUACUUCAUUAAUGAUUAGUUGUUGCAGAAAUCAUGUUUAUAAAAAAUAAAAUUCUUGUAGCCGACUGUUUGUGCUUUAUGAUGACUUUGUGCAGAAAUCACGUUAAAAAAUAUCAAUAGUGUAUUGUAAAAAGACAAUUUUUGCGAUUUAGUUUCCCCCAUAAAUAUUCAGUUAAAGGCAACAAUGGACCUUAUUUAUGCAAGUGCCAUCUUGAAACCCGAAUGAGACCUCAUGGGCUGGCAUAGUGGCUACCAAAACUAAUGUAUCAAAUGUUCUUCGUUACUUGAUUUGGAAUGCACUUUCUCACAUUUACAAACAAGUGAAAAAAAUUCACUGGAUUGGUACUGUAUUUUUGUUUCGCUUGCAAGAUGAUAAAAUUAUGUUUGUGUGGGUGUGACUGCUUUAUAACUUUCUUUUAAUGUGCUUAUACUAAUCACACUUUUCUUAACAGUUUGAAAGAAUGAAACAAAAAAUUAACACACUUUAGUACCUAUUUUUCUUGUUCACUGUGCACUAUUAACAUGUAUUUAGAUUCUAUCACUGUCUUGAAUAAUUUACCUUACACUGCAUACUUGAGUAUUUAUUAUUCAGGGUGUAGAUUCAUAUUUCUAGUGUUUCUUUACCACCAACCUGUUUCUUGUAUCUCUUGUGACCAUUUUGCACAUCGUGUACACAUCUCUUGCAUUUGCUACCAGCCUGCAUAAUUUGUUUUGCCCAUGUAUGUUACACAGUGGUACAUCUCCCUUGAAUUUGUGUCAUCAGCCUAUAUAAUUUGCUUUGCCUCUAAUGUUUUGCAUUGGUGUACACAUCUUGUACGUUUUUAUUGUAAAAUUUGCUUUAUCCAAUGUAUAUUACACAGUGUGUACAUA